AUGGAGGAAGACAAAAUCAGCCAAUUGCCAGAUGAAAUUCUUCAACACAUCCUCUCCUUCAUCGACACCUACGAAUCCGUUCAAACAAGCAUUCUCUCCAAGAGAUGGAAAAAUCUGUGGCGUUCCCUCCCCGGCCUCCGCUUCAACCUCAGCCGCGCCGCCUCCCACCGUCGCGUCACCUUAACAAAUGAGAAAGACACCACAGAUUUCUCUCCCCUCUUCUCCCGCUUCGUCUCCCACUUCCUCUCUAACCGUGACGCCACAGCCCCAGUCCACGACUUCCAUCUCUCACUCGUCGGCACAAUCCACACCAAAACAUUCACCCCGGCAUUCGUGGAUGAAUGCGUGCUCUACGCCAUCAAUCACGGCGUUCAUUCCCUCCACCUCCGCGCCUACAACGACCUAGCUACUCUGAGUCUUCCCGCCGCGCUUUUCACCUCCACAACGCUUCGCGAGCUCAAGCUCAAGCUGUUUACCCCCUCAUGUACCUGGACAGUUUCUUUUACCAAAUUUGAAAACCCUUUAUCUUCAUACCUAUUUGAUCUUUGA